GCAAAUAAAGAAGUGUGCCCCUCCUAUAUACUGGCUAACAGUCACCCAAGGGGCCAGCAACUCUGAACCGCGCAAAACCUGCGACCACUUCUUGGCAACAACAUGGCAAACUUCUCUGUUGAGUGGCUAUCCAAAAGUUAUUAUGAGGACACGUCGUUGCAUUUCAACCCCAAAGGUGAAAUACGGGACUUAACAAACGGACCAAGAAGCCUGCAGUCACCUCCGACCUCUCCAAACAAUAGUUGCGGCUACACAUCUGGAUCUGAAAGUGAGGUGGCAGAUGACAGCGAGGAGGAAGCCGCCCAGCAAAGGAGGAUAAGGACCAAGUUCACCUCGGACCAAAUCAGCAAACUGGAGAAUAUCUUCAGCAAGCACAAAUAUCUGGGCGCCACACAGAGGAGGAAGUUCGCUGAGAAGCUGAACCUCUCCGAAACUCAGGUGAAAACGUGGUUCCAGAACCGGAGGAUGAAGUUGAAACGAGAGGUUCAAGAUCUGCGCCCUGCGUUUCUGUCGGUCCCGGCGGCUUUGCUGCCGCCUCUGCUGUUUCAGCACCCCCCGCUAAGUGGACAGCUCCCCGCAGACGGAGGCUUCUACUCGCAGCUGCAGCCGCUCCAUCGAGCGUCUCUGCCGGCUGCUGUGCACCCAGCCCUCCUCCAUCCACGCUUCUACUGAACUGAACCCUCUUUACAUUUUCUCACCACAAUUCCUGUCUAGAAUCUAGACUAUUGUUCUCUCUAAAAUAGAGGUUGUGAAUUAUAAGUGUGAUGCACUAUCUAAGUAUAUCUAAUAAUGUAUAUGAUGCUAAUAAAAUAGUAUAAAACUGUGAA